CCCCCCCCCUAUAUAAGGAGGGAUGGUGGCUGGUGUCCAGCCAGGGAAGAAGAGGCCACCCGGACUGUUUGGUCCGGGUCGCCCCCUUGCUCUGUCGCCUCCCCUCAAGCGUGGGGUGUUUCUCUCUCUCUCCCCCCAUCCGCGCCGAGGUCGUCGUCGUGCUGUGUGGCUGCCUGUGUGCACACAUCUCUUGCCGCCCACCUCCUUCCGAUGGACAUGUGUGGCUGUGCGAUGUGGCGCGCGUUCUCUCCCCCCUUCCGGGACUCGAGGCCUGUGCUCUUUUCGGAGUCCGCGCCGCCUAGCUGUGCCCGUGCAUCUCUGCCUAUGGUUAAGAAUUGAACUCCUUCCCGCGUCUUCCUCUUCUCCCCCUCCCUUCCCUUCUUGUGGGUGUGUGCAUGCGCGUGAGCAUGUGUCCCUGCGUGUGUGUGUGGUGUAAAUGAUGAUAAAUCACGACGGUCUUCUUAAUUCCAAGUGAUGAAACUGCCUGUAACAUUUGGGCAUAUUCUGAAUCCCCCACUCUCCCACAAAAGUGACAACACUCCCCCUUUUUAAUUUAAUAAUUGAAGCUUCCUCUGCC